AUGGUUAUAAUUCUGGUCUUGCUAUUGGUGAAUGUAUUACACCCCAGUCACCAAAAGCCUCGUUCUUCUUCGGUGGUAAGGACAUCUACUCCGCAGAGUGUCGGUGGGCAGAGCUGUGGCCUGAGGCAGCGCAGGGAUGCUGUGGGGCGCGGAGGAGUGUAUGAGCACCUUGGGGGAGCACCGAGACACAGAAAGCUGUACUGUGCCACAAAAUAUCACUUACAAAUACAUCCCAAUGGGAAAAUAGAUGGGACCCUGGAGGAGCAUAACCCUUUCAGUAUAUUGGAGAUCACAGCAGUGGAUGUGGGACUGGUGAUGAUUAAAGGACUGUUCUCCGGGAGAUAUCUGGCCAUGAACCAAAAAGGACGACUACAUGCAUCUGCUGCCUUCACCCAGGAGUGUGAGUUCAUGGAGCGGAUCCAUGAGUUAGGCUACAACACCUACGCCUCCCGCCGCUACCGGACAACUCCACACUCCACCUCAACAGGAAGUAGGCGAAGGGUGAGCGCUGGGAGGCUGUGGUAUGUGUCAAUCAAUGGAAAGGGCCAGCCGAGGCGGGGCCUGAAGACCCGAAAGACAGAGAAGGCCUCCCUCUUCCUGCCUAGGGUCCUGGGCAACGAGGACCAUGACAUGGUUCACCUGUUGAUCAACAGUAGUCUGGGGUACAGGCAGACUGCCCUCAGACUCACAGGGGAAACAGGGCAGAGGAGAUAG